GAUAAUACUUAAAUUUUUCUGGUUGGUUUCUUCCUGAUUUAUUCAAACAAAACAAUGGUUCAACUGAAGAAAAAAUCAAAGAGUGAUAAAACAUCAGUGAUAAAACCAGUGAAAGUAACAAAGGCUAAAAAAGAGAACGUUGAAAUGAAAAAGGGAAAGAAAAGCAAAAAAGUUGCCGCCGAACCUGAAGCAACAAACGAAGAAAAUGAAUUACUGAAGCAAGAAGUUGAGAAUGAGGAAAAUGAUGAAAAAGUUGUAAAAACUGAAGACUCCGAUGAUGAGCAAGAGGAAAGUGCGGAUGAAAGUUCUGAUGAUGACGAUUCGGAAGAAGAAGAAAAAGUAAAGCCAAAAGUAGCAAAGAAAGAAAGUAAAAGUAAGGCUAAAAAAGUUGUCAAAGAAAGUGAUGAAGAAUCUGAUGAUGAUGAUGAUGAUUCUGAGGAGGAAGAAGAAGAAGAGAAAGAGGAUGAGAGUGAUGAGGAGAGUGAAGAUGAAGAUGAAGAUGAAGACGACGACGACAAUGAUGAUGAUGAUGAGGAAAAUGAGGAAGAGGUGAAGUUAGUCAAGCGGAAAGCAACUGAAACUGAAGAAGUUGCGACGAAGAAAGUCAAACUUGAUCCAUCAGAAGUUGCCACCUUACUUUUCACUGAGCUACCAGAGGGUCUGAAUGACGCAGUUUUCAACAAAUUUUUAAAAAGUAAAGAAAUUAAAUGCGUUGCUUGCCGUGCAAACUAUGGAAGACAGAAAGCUUACGUUGAUGUUCGGGCUGAAGAUAAAGAUGCGGCUCUUCAGCUCCACCAAGUGGAAUGGAAGGGACAAGAGAUUCAAGUAACAGAAGCUCAAUCUAAAGCACAGGAUAGAAAAGGUGAUUUUGCAUCAAACCGAAACGAUAAAGAUGAAAGAACAUUGUUUGUGAAAAAUCUUCCGUACAGUGCGGAUGAGAAUGCGAUCGCCGAGCUUUUUGAUGGAGUUAAAGAAGUUCGUUUACUAACUGACAGGGAAAGUGGAAGACCUAAAGGAAUGGCAUUCAUUGAGUUUGAUUCAACUGCUGAAAAAGAAACGGCUUUUGGUUUGAAAGAUGAGCUGGAGAUGGACGGAAGAUCUUUGUAUCUUGAUAAUGUUACUGGUGGUGGUGGUGGUGGAAGAGGUCGUGGUAAUCGAGGUGGAAGAGGAGGGUUUGGCCGUGGAGGUGGUGGAUUUGGUGCUGGGAGAGGCAGAGGGGGAAGAGGUCCAUCUGCACCGAGCAAAACACUUUUUGUGAAGGGAAUCACAGAGGACAUGACACGAGAUACUUUGUAUGAAACCUUCUCUGGUGCAACAGACAUUCGUAUUCCCCAGGAUCGAGACACUGGAAAAAAUAAAUUCUUUGCUUAUGUUGAAUAUCAAUCUGAGAGCUCGGCAACAGAAGUUUAUAAAAGUUCGAAAGGAGGUAUGCAUGUUGAU